AUGGCCAUACCGUAUAAAAAAACCAUUUCUGCCUUCUGUACACAAAGUGCAUAGUGAUGCAGUCUCAGACCAUUGGAAUCCAAGUGUCUGUAUCACUGUACCACACACACAUCUCAGUAAUUCCUCUUCCCAAAGGAUGGAGACACAAGGGUUCUCAUACAGGUUCUGAUGACUGAUGAGCUUCAGUGUACAUAACUGUUGCUUGUUGACUCUUUCACAGUUCACCAUGACUUCCCCUUGGAUCUUGUUGGAGAAGGAUGUAUUUGCCCCCCUGAAUGAGAGACUCUUGGAAAUUGUCCACAUCUGGAAAACUGGAAAGAAAAGGAAGGGCUCUGUUCUUUGUGUAGUUGUUGCUAAUUAUAGGCCAAUACAGCUGUUCCUUGUGAAGGUGAAGGCAGAUCGGGGUGAACAGUACAAGAUAACCAACAGGUGGCUCUUAAAGCAUCUGAAGCUGGUAGAUGGAAAGACAGUCAAUCAGGUAACUCUGGAUUUUGAGCUGCAGUUUGAUAAGGUUUACAAGUGGACAGCUGGCAGCUGUGAUGAGAAGAAUGCCUUUAUCAGAUGCUUGUGGAAGCUGAACCACCGAUACCUCUCCGGCACUAUCACAUUUGUCAAUGUCCCCUCCUGUACAAUGGAAGGAAAACAAGGUCCCCAAGAGAAUGCAAAGGCAAGUGCAGAAGCAGAGAACCAGGAAGAGGACUGUGCGUACCAAGAGAUGACACCAAAGGAAACAGCUGACAUGCUAAAACUGAUGGAAGAGUAUGAGCCAAUUGUGAACCAUGCUGCAGCAUUUGCAGAGCAGCUCAGCAGUGAUCUUCAAGUGCUGGAUGAGACCAACCUCCAGGCCAUCAUCUCGUCCGAGAGGCAGGUCAUGCUGCUGAUGAAUUCCAUUGAUGAGGCCCUGGUAGAGGUUGCCAAAGUGGAGGAGACCUUGCAGGUACAUGACAAACUGCUAGGGAGUCUGAAGCAGCAGAUGGAUCACAUCCAGCAGGAGAACUUCUUGUUGCACCGGAUUGAGUCCAACCAGGAGAAGCUGAUGGGCGAGAUCCUCUUCCUCACAAGUAACCUGGACCUUAAUGAGGAGCACUGCCAGGUCCUGCGCCAGGGGGACCUCUCUAGCCCCAGGAAAGUCGAGGUUUGCACUGCGGCAGUGGAAGCAUUGUCCAGCUGCAUGAAUGUUCAGAUACAGCCUGGUUACCGGAAGCUGCAAGCUGUAGCUGAGCAGUUGAUCAUGUUUGAAACACUGAAGCAGAACUUUGAAAACAGUUUCAUCAGCCAUAUUACUAGCAUCUUUGAACAGCAGGGAAAUGUACAAGUUCCACCUGUAAUGCAGCAGACCAACAAGCUAAUUUCACCCACACAUAAGCCUUACCAUGAUGAACUGUUACCUUAUGUCCCACUCAUGACCUGGCUGAAGAAUACUAACCUCAUGUUGUUCAGUGAUCUACCAAAGGUCUACGCACGGAGUCUCUGUAGACUAUAUGAGAAAGAAAUCAAAAACUUCUUUGAGAUGGCCAGAAUGCUGCUGUUGGGAAGAGCAAAAGACAGUUUGCAAGAAUGUUUAGACAAGACUGGCUUCAUGGCCUGUGGAAACAGAUGGCAGUCACAAUUUGGUCUCCCUGAAAACAGAAAUGAGGAAGAGGAUGAUCUGGACAAAGGAAACCUUGUCAAACAGAUGUUGCAGCAGGUGUUGAGAGGGCUUCAACCCCUGUGUACCUCAGAACAGAGGUUUAUUGAGAAGUUCUUUGUGCUGAGCCAGGAUGCUAUAAGACAGCAAGUUCCAGAGCCACCUGCCACAAGCGAGAGAGAAGAGGAUGCAGCUUUUCCGGAGGAAUUGCCUUGUGCCAAGAUUAAGAGCCAACUAGAAGAACCUUCUGCGCAGCUGCUGACUGAGAUGUUCAGUUCUUUGGAGCCAGAGCUGAGAGGUUUUAUAGAUACCUUCAACAAAGUCCAUGAGUUUAGCUGUCUGGAAGUCCUGGUUACCUUGAAUGACUACAUGUUGGAGAUACAGGGCUCUUCCUCAGCUUUGUCCUCCUCCUUCCUCAACACUGUCCUCAGCAACAUGCUGCUCCUAGCCAAGAACAACUUCAACAAGUGCAUUUAUGCUCUGUGCAAAGAAAUUGAGGAAGCAAAGUUGCCCAGCAAGAUGAAGGGUGGGAUCCUGCCAUUUGUGAGCCGCUUUGAGGAAUAUGUGAAUUUCUCUGAGGAGGCUUUCAAGUGGGCACAGCAGAGAGGGGAGCUGGAGAAAGCCCACAUGAAACUGGUGGAUACAGUCUUCAACAGCAUCAAUAAUGUGUCUUCAGUGAACUUGAAAGUCAAUACAGAUAUGGUCAUAAUGGAGAACUUCCACCACAUGCACUGCUUUCUGUUGCAAAAGAAGAUCAGGUGCUUGGAAAGCAAACAGAGGGAAGCCAAGGAAAUGUACAGUGAGCACCUGGUUUUGUAUGUCACCCAGUGCCUGGGACAGCCACUGGAGAAGCUCAAGCAUUUCUUUGAAGGAGUGAAAACCCGUGUGGCUCAGGGAGUGAAAGAAGAGGAGGUCAGCUUUCACCUGGCAUACAGUAAGCAAGAGCUGCGGAAGGUAAUAGAGAAGUACCCAGGCAAGGAAGUGAAGAGAGCUCUUGAAACCCUCUACAAGAAAAUUGUCAAGUCUCUCUCUCCAGAGGAAAAUCUAUUGCCGGUGGUCUGGCAAGCCAUGGAGCAGAAGUUCAUAUGUCAGUACCAGGAGUUUGAGGACCUGAUCCAACGCUGUUAUGCAGGGUCAGGGAUCACCAUGGACUUUACUGUGGAGGACUUGCUGAGCUACUUCAACUCCAUCACCCAGUUCAAAAUGUAGGAACAGUCUUACCCUGGACAUGUGUCUGGUGAAAGCUGCUCCUGCUGCUGCCACUGUUCCCAUCAGCAGCCAUGUAGCCAAGAGGAUGUAACUAAAAUAUACAAAUUAACCACAUGCUGGGUGCAUCUACAUGAGAUGCUGACUGUGCAGCUGCACAUC